AUGUCGUCGAAAAUCACUCGCGAUAUGCUCAUGGAAACGGCAAAUAAUGUCUUGACAUACUCCAACGAAACCAAGAAACGUAAAUUCGUCGAAACAGUUGAAUUGCAAAUCGUUCUCAAAAACUUCGAUCCAUCACGUGACAAACGUUUCAGUGGUACUGUCCGUCUUCGUUACAUCCCCAAACCAAAAUUCACUGUCUGCGUUUUGGGUGACGAACGUCAUUGUGAUGAAGCUCGUGCUAACAAUAUCCCAGCAAUGACUGUUGAUGAUUUGAAAAAAUUAAACAAGGAUAAAAAGCUCGUACGAAAACUCUCACAUCAAUACGAUGCAUUUCUCGCAUCCGAUGUUGUCAUUCGACAAAUCCCUCGUAUUCUUGGACCUGGUUUGAACAAAGCUGGUAAAUUUCCAACAGCCAUCACACACAGUGAUUCGUUGGUACAAAAAGUUGAAGAAAUUAAAUCAACAAUCAAAUUUCAAGCUAAGAAAACCAUCUGCUUAGCUGUUGCCGUUGGUAAUGUAAACAUGACACCCGAAGAAUUAGCUGCUAACAUUAACUUAUCGGUUAACUUUCUUGUUUCAUUACUGAAAAAAAACUGGCAAAACGUUCGUGCACUUUACGUGAAAUCCAGCAUGGGUAAACCACAACGUCUCUAUUAG